AUGGGGCCAUUGGACAAUAGAGGAUUAUGGGGCCCCUGUGUCCUUGCCCACACUCAAACCACAUCCAAAAAAGUCUAUAAAAGGUACCAGGGGUAUCUCAUGGGGCCCCCACUGACCCUGGGCCCGGAAUGGUCAGUCUGCCCCUGUUUGGGCCCAUGGGGAUAUGAAACUGAAUUUUCGAACUCUUUCGAUAAUUUGGAUUCGGAUAACGUAUUGAUCCCAAUUUCGUUCCAUUCAUUAAUUCGCCAGUCAAUAUCGUCCAAUCAGUUUGUGUCAUUUUUCUCGCAGUUUUUAAUAAUGUCUCUGGAAACAGGUGGAAGCUUUUUUAAGAGUUUUCCAUGU